AUGUGUGUUAUACGUUGUCGUAAGACGGCGCUGUUAGAAAGGAGAGGAAGAGGAGAAGGAGAAGAAGGAAGUGUGGUAGUUCGAUUAGAACGAAGAAGAAGAAAGAAGAAGAGGAGGAGGAGGAAGAAGAAGAAGAAAAAGAAGAAGUGUGUUUGUUUGUUUGUUUUGUGUCGCGAAAAAAGUGCCGAAAGUGUGGAUACCUUGAACUCGAAGUCGCGUACGGCGCUGCCACUGGCGGCCCUGCUGCCAUCAUCAUCAUCAUCAUCAUCAUCAUCGUCAUCAUCGUCAUCAUCGGCCCUGCUGCCACCGGCGCUUCCACCAAGAGGAAGGCAGCAACAGCUCCCUUGCCGCCCCCCGCCCAUCCGUUCAUCCAUCACCGGUGUGCUGUGCGGGCCGACGACGAAAACGACGAAGACGGCGCUGCCGCCGCCGCCGCCGCCGCCGACGACGACGACGACGACGACGACGACGACGAUAACAACAACGACGACGACGACGACGACGACGACGACUGCGACUGCGACUGCAACAGCGACAGGGACUACGACAACGACGACGUCGACGACGAUUACAACAAUAACGACGACGACAAACGCGAGCAGGACGACGUUGCCCGCAGCCCACCAAGGCGAGCCGUCCCUCGUACCGCCUCACUAUCCUGCGCCUCCACGGCCCCCGACUAGAAACGGUGGGGAUGAAGCGCGUGUCGCGAGGGCGAGGGGAAGCGGACGCGGAGUAUUACCGAGUACCAUCCUUGCUAAUGGAACGCCCCCGUCGAGAGUGCCACCACCUCGCGCGGGCUGGGCUGUGCGUAUCACGACAACAACACUCCAACAGCAGCAACAGCAACAGCAGCAGCAGCAGCAGCAGCAGCAGCAGCAGCAGUGUACUACGCCGAUUCUUCCAGGUAGUAGAAGGACAGCAACACCGACGAACGGUGUUCAACGAUGGGCUAGCGGGCAGGCGACGUUGUCUUCGUCGAGUGCAUCACUGGCGAGCGGGGGAGGAGAAGAAUCAAUCCUACCGAGUGUACUCCGAGGAGGAAACGGAGUUCAACAGCAACAGCUACAGUUACAGUUACAAUUACAGCAGCAGCAGCAACGACAAAACUACCAGCACCAGCUGGAGGAUCGUAGGGAGAACGAGGAGGAGUUGGAGGCGACGAAGAAGGAGGAGUACCGUCCUCCUCAUCAGAGACAUCAGCAAGGGGACAGUUUUGAACUGAGAGGUCGGCAGAUGUCGCAGAAGAAUGCGAUACCGGGGCUCUCGCGGGCUGCCGUCGUCAAUGGCGUCGUCGACGGCGAGCAUGUACGCGUCCACGACCAUAAUCGACCGUUCCCACCUCCAAGAACGUCCCCGUCGAAUACAGGGACGACGAAUACAGGAACGACAACAACAGCAACAACGACAGCAGCAGCAGCAACGACGACGACGACGACGACGACGACGACGGCGUCUUCGAUGUCGACGACAACGACGGCCCUGAGGAUACCACUGACGGCACCGUUGGCACCCCUUUCCUCCUUGAGUUCCUCCUUCAGGAGUAGGCCGACGAGUAACGUGCGAACUCCGCCAGCUCAGAGCUUCGAAUCGUCACCGCCUGCGCCCACCUUGCAAACUGGUGUUACCCCGAGAAAUCUUUUAACACCUACCUCGAUGGACGUUCCCACUCCGCCAAGGAGCCCGCUUGGCGAAGUUAGCUUGGCUACACCGAGACCGGACGGUGAGAGGAUAAUCAACGAAUACGUUGAGACACCGUUCAAGCAACAAUCCAAUGUCGUUGAACGUCGUCUCGACGGUAUCGUCCUAGUCGACACCAUCGACGGCAAACGUUCGGGUAACGAUUGUCCGAAAAAAGAGAGGGCAAGGUCGCGAGGUAAGCAUACCACGGAUAGUGGCAUACCGAGCCUUCAUCGAGCCGUCAUCAACAAUACCAGCGGUUCUAGGCGUCGUGGUUUAGACGCGAGCAAUCCAUCGGGUAUCAUUCUGUCGGGUGCGACCUCGACGAUUAACACGACUCCUGCUACGAUUCGGAUACUGAGGGAGGGAGGCGACAGGAGGGCCGUGACGAAACAACCGGUCUCCUUUACAAAGGAACCAGCGAAUACCCUUGGCUCGAGGACCUACGACCCGGCCAGUCUCUCGAUCAUCUGCGAAUAUUGCGGGAGGUGUCGUUGCGAAUCUUGUCGGGAACCACCCCCAUUACCUAGCAGGUGGCUCUGCAAUAAUUCCUGCCUUUGUUCCGCCGAGACUGUACUCGAUUAUGCUUCAUGUCUGUGUUGCGUUAAAGGACUCUUUUAUCAUUGCGUCGAUGGCAAUGGCGGAGGCAGUGGACCUGGUAGCGGUGCAACCGGGCCUUCCUCGAUGGACGUCGACAAUGGGGAGAGUUGUGCCGAUCAGCCAUGUUCUUGCACCGGCAACAGGACCCUAUCGAGAUGGGCCUGUCUCAGUGCUUUAACCCUAGCGAUGCCUUGUUUACUUUGCUAUUGGCCGCUUAAGGGUUGCGUAGCCGUUUGCGAGGCAUGUUACGCGCGGCACGCCUCGCAGGGCUGUCGAUGUGAACCCGGUGUAUUAACAGGGAGCAACACCUCGAGCAGGCAUCAUGCAAUAGCCAACGACACAGGUUAUUCCAGGGAUCCGGAGAAAAGGCUACUCGAUCCAGUAACCCCGGAACUCUGAACCACAAUCAAUCACCCUCCGAUUUUUUAAUCCUGUAAAUCUUCUAUACUGGACUCACACCUUCGGGGGUGGGGUGGAACGGGGAGAAAGGGGAAGGGAAGGGGGACGAUGGUGGUGCGAUAUGCGCAUUGCGUUAAGUACAAGAGUUGCAUUUAAGUCCGGAAUUCGAACGUUUUUACACCGACAAAAUAAAUUACUAUUAAACUAUUACUAUUAUUAUUACUAUUAUUAUUAUUAUUAUUAUUAUUAUUAUUAUUAUUAUUAAUAUUAUUAUUAUUAUUAAUAUUAUUAUUAUUAUUAUUAUUAUUAUUAUUAAUAUUAUUAUUAUUAUUAUUAAUAUUAUUAUUAUUAUUAUUAUUAUUAUUAUUACAACUAUAUCGUAACGUCUGAUCACGCCGCGAGUGUUUUAUUUAUUAUUCUUUCACGUGCGAGAAUGUAUACAUACACAUGUACGUAUGAGAGGGACGUUUGCUUAUAUGUGCGUGCACGCGUGCGUGCAUGAGUGUCUUGACAUUUAUAUGUAUGUGUGAGUAUGCCUGCAUGGGAGAAGAAGAGAAAGAUGGAAAGAGAUGGAGAGAGAGAGAGGGGGUAGAGGAAGAGGGAGAGAGAGAAAGAGAGAUAGGCGAGAGGGAUUAGAAUAUGAGCAACAUACCACUUACGAUUUAGGGAGAGAGCUAACUUGUAUACACUAUGAAAAUGUAAAAGGUUUAUGAGGGCAAACUAUUGCGCAUUGGUGUGUGCGCAUCGGCUCGAAAAAAAAAAUUUCAUAUAUUUAAAUAUUUGUAUAUUGUAUAUUAUGUUUUGUAUAAAGGAUCAUCUUUUCUACGAUUAAUUUAUUCGCGAAUAUAUUGCCAAAUAUAUAUAGUUGAAUGCGUAGCACGUAUGUAUGUGUGUGUGUAUAUAUAUAUAUAUAUAUAUAUAUAUAUAUAUAUAUGAUAGAAGUGUUGAG